GACGUCACUAUAGUUGUUUGGGAGAAGAAAAAUACAAGCCUUGCCACCACUGUUCAAUCUCACCGGUGUCGAAACAUUUUAUGACAUAAAGGGAUUUCCCUGCCUUACUACCAUGUCCACUCCGGCAAGACGACGACUAAUGAGAGAUUUCAAAAGACUUCAAGAAGAUCCCCCAACUGGCGUUAGUGGAGCCCCUUCAGAAAACAAUAUAAUGUUAUGGAAUGCUGUUAUAUUUGGACCUGUGGGGACGCCAUUUGAGGAUGGAACCUUUAAGCUUGUGAUAGAAUUUUCUGAAGAGUACCCCAAUAAACCUCCUACUGUUAGAUUUAGCUCCAAAAUGUUUCAUCCAAAUGUUUAUGCAGAUGGAAGUAUAUGUUUAGACAUUCUACAAAAUCGCUGGAGCCCUACUUAUGAUGUGUCAUCCAUUUUGACAUCAAUCCAGUCUCUGCUGGAUGAGCCAAAUCCGAACAGCCCCGCCAACAGUCAGGCCGCCCAGCUUUAUCAAGAGAACAAACGGGAAUACGAGAAACGAGUGUCUGCCAUUGUGGAGCAGAGCUGGGUGGACUCGUAACACUACAGUGCAAGUGUGCCUCAUCAUUCUUUAUGGAAAAAAAAAAAUAUUUCAAACUUUCAUUUACCUCAUUGGUUUAUCAAGUCGUCAACAUCAUCAUUGUCAUCAUCAUCAUCAAAGAACUCAAGUGCCACACAAGUAAACAAUUUUGAGGGAAAUCACACAUUAAAUCAGUAGGGUCUUAUUACAUGCUUGCCAACAAAUUUUAAGACAAACAAUAUUGUGCUAUUGUUAUUUUUAUUGCAUGGUGUGAAAUAAAUUAUUCCAGACAGAAUUUGUAAUAUAUCUUUUUGGACUGAUGCUGUUACUGUUGUUGAUGGAUGGUGAGAAUAGGCUACAUUGUUUUAAGUGAUGAACUGGCAUUAUUCUCAUGAUAUUGUGAAAGAAAUAGCUUUUACUGUUGUUGGUUUUGAAUUUGUGGUCAGAGUUGUCCCCAAGACUGAGAGUGACUUUAAUCAAACUUUAAGUUGAGUUAAGGUCCAAUACACCAUGACACGGAAUGUGAAAUAAUUGUUAGCUGUUGCGUGAAAUGUUGGAUUCAUAAAUAGCGUCCACAAUAGCUACCAGUCAGUCGCACCUUCUUUCACCCUCAACGGGAAUAAUUCAGCUCUUGCUAUUCAAAUCAAAUAUAAAUCUGUAAUGGAAGUCAUUUAAAAGUAAUUUCAAAGUAAGGGUAAUGUCACUAGUGUCUAUGAUAUGAAAAGGAUAAGUUGAGUAUUUUUUUUUGUUAAGUUACCCUAUAUGAAAUACAAUUUAUACAUAUAAUAUGCUGUAUAAAGAUAAUAAACAUUUUUCAGACAA